AUGGUGACACCACGAUACAGCCAGUGCGAUUCAAGAGCAACCUCCGAAGGUAGGCCACAAGCAGCCCUGGGACGCUUUUACAGUAGCGAUGCUGAUGAGAGUUCAAGGCAUUCGAAGAGGCUCUUCUACCAGAUCGCCAUUGUCUCAGCGGUGAGCUACUAUCAAUUGAGAUAUGUGGAUGUCGAAGAAGAAGAGACGGUGGACAAGGCUGGCCCCCCCUCCAAGAUGCAACCAGAGGAUGGCGAUAAAGCAAAGGACGGCGCACGAGAAGAUGGCAAGGUUGAUGAAGACGACGUCCAAGUUCCUGAAACUAUGCCAGAAGACGCAUUCUUUGUUCCAUUAGGGUUUGUUCGCCAACGUCCGCAUACGCACUAUAAAGCUAGCGAUCCGGAAUGGCAGAGCUUUGUGGAGUUCGGAAGGGAUCGUGAAAGACCAACGGCGGUUCGAACCGUAAAAUCGUUGUGGGCAAGUUCCAGUACCUACUGCUCUUUGCAACUAGCCAGGCUCAAACAAUUUCUCAACAUUGGCCCGACAUCAUCAAAUACCAGCCCGCAAUUACCUGUGGGGGCCGUAACAGUUGAUCAGCUUCGAGAGAACAGCUCGAAACAGGAGACUCAAAAUCGUGCCCAAAUGGACAAGAUGUCUGAUCCUAAGUCCGAUGUGGGUAGCACCAAGGGCUCGGCAAAGUUAACAUCCUCGGACGGUUCCAAAAUAUACGGAUCGCUGCCAUCUUUACUACAACCAGAUUCAGAUAUAGGUCCUGCUAUAAUGGAGUUCAAGCGGACCCUAGCAAAGAAUUGGCAUCCUCCUGGUGCAUUUGGAGAACGAGGGACUUUCGUCGUUCGCGGGGAUGUUGAGCUGAAAGGACCGAAAGGCUCCUGUGUUUUCGAAGUUGUGGCUGACUAUCAUCCUCAAGAGGCAAGGUAUAUGACAGUGAGGGCAGGCCUCAAAUACUUCUUGCGCAACCGGGUACGCCCAAGGCCACUUCCUGAGCCGAAGAAGAGCAGCUCUUGA